GAGGCAGGGCCGUAUUGUCUUUCAGCGACAACGUUGUCCUGGAAUACAAUUUUCUAUGCCGCAACAGCUUGAGGAGAUGGAUAAGGAGGAUGAAUUACAUUUGGAAGAAAAGCACGGAGCUUAGCGAAUGAAUAAAGCUGUUUGAACACGUCAUCAAACGCUGCUGGCACAGCAGGGGGGCCUCGGGGAUACACCCGUCUCCGAGAUGGCUGCUGGUGUGGGUGUGUGUGGAGGUUUUUGCAUUGGCCAAAUAAACCAUCCAUCUUCGUGCAGAGGCAAGCGGCGGAUGCGAGUCUUUGGGUGGGGACUUACGGCGCUCUUUCUGCUCCAUAUUUGUACUUCUUUCAAACGUGCAGGGCCGACAAGCUUGGCGGUGCUGGGCAGAGGUUCUUUGAUGUUCGUCGAUACCGCUGCGUGAUGAUGUCACGCGGCAGAGAGCAAAGGAGGGAGGCGAGAUCAAAGGAGGAAGGGAGGGAUGAGGACACAACAGAGGAUAACCAAGACAACAACGGGACAAAGAUGGCGACUACUUGUUCUGCAGUGGGGCGUCCACUGGCGUCCACUCUUCCCAGCCGUUGGGAAGAACUGAAGGAAGGUGGCGAGCUUGUUCCCCUUUAUUGUCCAAACCGGAUGACCGCCGGGUUAGACGCUGGGAACCGGCACGCCAACAUCAGCCGUCACCACCGCCAGGCUAGCAAGAGACCGUUAGUCAUGGGUAAACACUCGGACAGUGACUGGUCAGAGAUGAGGACUGGUGCUGGAACCUCACUUGAGCCACCAGGCCCAGACGUCCUCUCCAUGGGAACGCCGGCCUCCGGCAGGAAACAUGCUCCUGGAUGACUGACGGCGGAGGAGAGUGACAGGGAGGAUGUUCGAGCUGCGGCAGCGGCGUGCUCUUUCGGUCCUGCCAGCGUCUCUGCCUGUGUGGACAUUGGCUCCUAAAUGACUUCCCAUCUGUUCAGAGGAACAACAAGGCUGAGAGGGUGAAUUGUUUUCCAGCAAACUCACUGCUACAGAGGAAGGUCUGACCUCCUUCUUCUGCAACCAGAGACAUGAGCGUUGUCAGAGAUUUACAUGGGGUCGGGUACAGGGGCGGCGGAGGCGUCGUGGCCUCUCUGAACGGCCCCACGCACUUCACCGAAGAUGCCCCCCGGCCUCCAGUUCCCGGCGAGGAGGGCACUGAUCUGGACCCGCCGGUCCAGUCGGGCAACAGCCGUUUGGGCGGCCUGUCCCAAACCCAGGGAUAUCCCUCUUCUAAAAUGGGAGACCCGUCGAGUCACGCUCCCUCCUCCUCGUCGUCCGCAACCCCACGCCGGCCCGACCUGGACCUGGGCUACGAGCCGGAGGGCUCGGCGUCUCCGACUCCGCCGUACCUGAAGUGGGCCAAGUCUCUUCACUCGCUCCUGGACGACCAGGAUGGCACCAACCUGUUCCGGAGCUUCCUGUGUCAGGAAGGGUGCGAAGACCUGGUCGACUUCUGGUUCGCGUGCUCGGGCUUCCGGCAGACCAGCCAGGACAAGAGGGCCAAGUUGGCCAAGGUCAUCUACAGGAAGUACAUAGUGGACGGGACCGGCAUCGUCUCCAGGACGAUCAAAGCGGCCACGAAGAGCUUCAUCAGAGACUGCGUGGGAAAGCCACAUCUAGAUCCCGCCAUGUUUGAACAGGCCCAGACAGAGAUCCAGGCCAUGAUGGAGGAGAACACCUACCCUCUGUUCCUUAAAUCUGACCUUUACCUGGAGUACACCCGGACGGGAGGAGAGAGCCCCAAGCCCAAUCCCAGCGAUCAGAGUCCCUCAUCGGGCCUGGCCAAGCCGCCGCCCGGCUAUCUGCCGACUCUAGCUGAGGAUGUGGAGUGGAGAGGUGGAGUUCGAGAGGAAGAGAAAGAUGAAGAAGAUUGCGGCGACACACCAGUGAGUAGGCUGACCCAAAGCCUGCUGAUGCAGACGGCACCGCAGAGAGCCUCACCCAACAGGAGGAGGCAGGACAGCAGGGAGUACAGACCUUGGAGAGAGCCGGUAAACCCAUACUACGCUAACAUGGGCUACGCCCGGGCCCCAGUAACCAGCGCCAACGACAGUGAGCAGCAGAGCAUGUCAAGCGACGCAGAUACAAUGUCCUUGACCGACAGCAGUGUAGAUGGUAUUCCUCCAUACAGAUAUCGGAAGCAGCAUCGGAAAGAGAUGCAUGAAAGUGCCAAAGCCAAUGGCCAUGUGGCCCUACCUCAUAUACCUCGCACGUGUCGCGUACCAAAGGACAUCCACGUAAAGCCGGAGAUGUUUGCAGCGGAGCUCAUCAACAGGCUGGAGGCUGUUCUCAAAGAACGAGAGGCCCAGGAAAGGCUUGAAGAAAGGCUGAAGAGAGUACGACUGGAAGAAGAGGGCGACGACGCCGAUGUCUCCAUGACGACCUCCAUGUCUUCUCACAGCAUACCACUUCCCCUCCCCUCGUCGUUUCCACCGCUGUACGGGGCCCGUUAUUCAGAGACCACUGCGAACACGGGAACAGCCACCACGUACGGCGGCCUGGUCGCCAUGGAGGACCCUCACGAAGACGACCCCGAAUCCAUUUUGGACGAACAUGUGCAGCGGGUGAUGAAGACGCCGGGCUGCCAGUCGCCGGGGGCAACAAACAGCAGCUUAGGCGGCGGAGGGCGGCACACUCCGCCCAAAUCGUCGCGCUCACCUGAUGGCGGGAUCGGGCCGCCUCACUACCCCUCACACAGAGGAGGGGGGCAGAGUCUGCCAGCUGUGGGGGCUAAAGGCAUUUACCACCAUAAGCAGGUUUACCACCACAGAGGAAGAGACGGACAAGAGGAGACGGGAGGUCGGCCUCCGCCCAACCUGCUGUGGAAUGGAGACCAAGCCAACCAGUACGCGGGCCGGAGAAACUACGCAGACGGAGCUGGAGCCAGCACCCUCGAGGGCAUGGGCUACGGUAGCAAAGGCAGCACAAUGUCACGGCGGGGCUUUAAGAAGACGGAAACGUCGAGCAAAGGUGACGAGAGCGGGCGUGGCCUGGAAACCCAGGGCUAUCCGGGUACUCAGGUGGAAGAUCUGGAGAGGAACCAGAAGAUUUUGCAAUGGAUGAUGGAUGGAGACAGGCAAAGGAAGAGUUCUCAUGGCGGCAGCACCAGCAGCUCCAGGAGAACGGGAACCAGCACCGAGUCGCCGCGCCCGACCUCCGUGGAGCGACCUGGAGCCGUGCACCCAUGGGUCUCCGCCCAGCUGCGCAACAACUCCUCCUCGGUGUCCGCGGCGAUCCCCGGCUCGUCGUCCACUCAGGUCCAGCCUUCGCACCCGUUCAUCCAGGACCCGGCCAUGCCACCCAACCCCGCCCCCAACCCGCUCACGCAGCUGGAGGAGGCGAGGCGGCGGCUGGAGGAGGAGCGGAGGAGGGCUGCUCUACUGCAGGCGAAGCAGAAACACAAGUCUGGGAAGCGGCAGGUGUGUGAGAACAUGACCGUGGCGUACUACUUCUGUGGAGAGCCCAUCCCAUACCGGACAUCAGUGAAGGGCCGCGUGGUGACUCUGGGCCAGUUUAAAGAGCUGCUUACCAAAAAGGGCCACUACAGGUUCUACUUCAAGAAGGUGAGCGACGAGUUCGACUGUGGAGUUGUGUUCGAGGAGGUCCGCGACGACGAUGCCAUCCUGCCCAUCUUCGAGGAGAAGAUUGUCGGGAAGGUGGAGAAGGUCGACUGAAAUUCUGGGAACGGGAAACGAAACAGAUGACUUUCGAAACGAGGAGACGCGACACCUGCAAGAAAUCGGAGCGUUGGCAAGUAGAAAGAUGGACGAGCGAUGUCUCAGAAGGGUAGAAAAACGCCGCGUAGGACGACUGAUGAAAGAUGGGAACUCAUGGAAAAACAAAUACCUGCCUGGAUUAAAAACAAAGGAAAAAAAUAAAUUGGGUCAGAUAAUGCUGGAAUGGAGAAAAGAGCAAAAUAUUUUCCCUCUGUUCUGUUCUUUACAGAUCAACAAGGAGAGCUAUAUAUAAAAAAAAUGUUGAUGGAAAAGGGGUGAGGGAACUUCUGGAAGGAAAAAAAAAAAGAGGAUGAAAGUUGUCUUCCACUUCUGCUCUAAAGGAGGAGCGUGUGUCCUCUGCAGACCAUUACAAUGCUGCUACAUUACCACGGAAACGCUUCAGUCGGUGCUCAGGACGGCAGCUCGCCGUCUUCUUUCCUGGUCAGCUGGGGACCGGUGGGGGAGAGGACAGAAACAAAAAAUCUGAACGUUUUCAUCUAGCUUCUGUUUUUUUUUGUUUUUUUUUUUGCCUUGGUAGCCUCAGAACAGAAAGACGUACUCACCGCCGCGCGGCCCGACGCGUCCCACACUGAUCGCUCACAUCCUACCGUUCAGACGACAGUUCUCCGCCUAACUUGUUUACCAAAGCUACAUAUUUUGUUUGAUAGGACAAGUAUUCUAGCUGCUUGUUAUCAUAUCAUUUGAUUUGUAUAUGAACAAAGGCAGGUACUAUUGCUUAUUUACUGCAUUUUUAUUUUGUCAUAUCUCACUUUAUAUAGUAUUAUUGUGUAUGUUUUGAAAAUCACGUCGAAGCAGCGAUGGAGUUUCUGUCACUAAAUCAUAAAAGUGCCCCUCGUUUCCGUCGUUUCGAUAGGAUUCGUCUGCUCUUAAAUGUUUUUCUUUUUUUAAAUCUAGCUUCUUUUUUUUUCUCUUACACUAUAAUGUUUCUCAAAAUUCCCAUUUUUCUAAAACACCUCUGCAAGUUUUUCACAUCUGCCCCAGAUGGUAGUCUCGUGUGUGUCGCAGCGGGAGCUGAGGAAACACGCGGGGUGGGAACACAUCGCUGUGUUUACAGGACUUUUGAUAAAGCUAAUGUAGAAAUUGCCUUUUUUUAAUGUUCUCUGCUUUGUUGAAAACCUCAGCAGUAGUUUUAUCCCGGGUGCCUGCCUCGUCGGUGCCGUUAUGCUCUUCAAAAAAAAAACAACAACAAAGAAGCAAAUUCUCAAUCACAUCUGCGCCUUUAUCCGUCUUGUAUGUGAUCUCUGCCAAAGAACAUGUGUCCUACAAGCCGACAUGCGUGUCUAAGAAUCAUUUUUGCUGUAACGAGCUGAAGGGAAUGUUGCUCCAGUAGAUUUGCCAAUCUAAAAAAAAUGCCAUCUCGACAAUUCCUUUUAAUAGAGAUGCACUGAUCCGUUUUGUGAUCCAUUUCGACCUCUCUUUAGUUUUUUCUUUUUUUACUCUUUAGAAAUCCUCUUUGCCAAAGUUGAUUUCAUUUCAGCCAAUUCUGAUUUGUCUUUACAAAGUUUAAUUACCAGCAGGCAAUAUAUAUAUAUUUUUCUUUCCUUCUAGCCAUGAGCAUUGUACUAAUCGGUUCUGUUCGGAGUGGAGGUGAUGUCACACUGUGUGCGUGUGUGUGUGUGUGUGAGCAAAUAGACACAAAAAAGAGAGUCUUUACAACUUAAAGCAAACAAAAACAAUCACAGGAGAGAUUUCAUGAUUUUUUUUCUUUAUUAAAGGUUACAUGGUCACAACAACAAGAGUAUUUAUCGUUUACACCAGAGGUCUGGAGCUCCGCAGUCAUUUAUAAUUUUUUCCAAAAUAGUAAGGAAGUGAGUGAACAAUUUUUUAAAGGAAAUAAAAAAGAAAUGCUAGCUUUAGCAGUUUUUCCUAGGUGAUAGGCUUCUUUCUUUUGUUGAUAAAUUCUCUUUAGCUAGGCUAAGGGCAGAAAUGGCUGACCGAUGUGAAUGUUGCUGACCACUUAAAACAGAGGUUGGAUCCCUACCAAACUGGUUUAAAUAAUAAACGUUGCCAAUACCUGCUGAUCACCAGUUCUUUGGGCUGCCAUUUCAGCAAACAUCAAUAAACUGGCUCAACUUUAAAUUGAACAUUUUAGCACCAAGAAGCUAAAACUAGCUAAAAAAACAAACAAAAAAACUAACCCAGCCACCAGUUUAAUGGAACUACCAUUUCACUGGUAGUUUCAUUAAACUGGUGAAUGAAACUCCUUAAUUGGCACUCAGAAUCAAAACCUUCUGAGUGCCAGUUUAGUUUUGUUUCAUCUAAUUUAAGACAAGAAAACACUAGAAACAUAAAACUUCAACAUUAAUAAGUUGGAUUUGCACUGGAAUAGCACAAACUCUCCCUCACCCCUUCUUGCUUAAAUACAGUCAAUCUUUUAAUGUCACCAGCUUUUGUAAAUUCUGGUCUAAAACUUACCUCCCAGUUUGGCUGCUGGUGCAGGUGAGAGGUCAGCAGAUUGGGAUUUAGAAACCUGAACAAGCACAAGCUUUGCUUAAUUCUGUGUCAACGUUUUAAGAUGGUGAUGACAUGACAGCUGUUUGAGAUAAUGUGAUUUCUGUACUUAAAUUGUGUCCAUGGACAAAACUCUGAGGGAGUAUCUUAUCUUCUACCGGUCAAGAUGUUUAAAGUCGGCACCAAGAACUGAAACUGGUUAUUUUAUAAAACAAGCAAACAAAAAAAACGGCCAGUCAGAUUUCUAAAAGGCUCCUGAUGUGUCCAGCUAAUUUUAUUGAGAGGGGUUGGAAGCUCAAAUAGAGAAAAAUAAAUAUUCUGAUAUAUUUAGCUGCUGAAGUAUCACUCCCCAUAUAUACAGUAUAAAUGAGCCAUGAUACUUUCCUUUCCAGAUAGCCACCUUUUGCGCUUCCUUCAUUUUAAAAACCUUAUAAAUAAUAAAAUGGUUAACUGUGAGCCUUCCUCACUCUGUAGCAACUUCCUCCUUAAAGAACACUGCAAAAAAAAGAAAAAAAUCAUAAUGUUACCAAGUACUUUUGGUCUAGUUUUUAGUACAAAUAUCUUUGUACAAUAUGGGUGAACCAGAACUGGCAGAUCAUUUUUACACUUAUAACAUGGGGAAAAUGUCUUGUUAUAAGUGAAAUAAUCUGCCAGUGGACCCAGUAAGCUUUUUUUAAUUUCUAAGAAUAACUUACUUAAAACUAGCUCCUGUGUCUUGCUGAAAAGUUGUUAGUUUUAUCUUUAUUCAAGUGUAAUAAAGAACUUGUGCUGUAAACUAGACCAAAAAUACUGCGAAAGAUUUAGUGUUUUUUUUGCAGUGAGUGCAGCUAAUACAUUGGUAGCACUUAGAAAUGUUGCGUUCUUUGACUGAAAAAAAUAGUAUAAAAGAUCAAGUUGAAUUUCAGACACAGUUGAACUGAAAUCUGGUUAAUCUUUUGUUUUGUUUUUUGCGUGUGUGUUUCAGUGCAUCUCGUUUGCAAUCUGCAAUUUUUAUAAUUUACUAGUCUGCCAUUUUGCCUUCUUAGAGUUAGAUGACAGAAUGUACAACUCCAGUCUGAAAGAGCACACCUGAAGCCAAAGCAGCUGUUAGUUUACAGGACAGCUGCUGUCCUGUAAACUAACAGGACCGCUGAUAGCUAGAUAUUUAUUCAAGAUUAAUUAAGCUGGGUUUGCUCCUUUUUUUCCAAGAGUAGUUUUUUUUUACUCAUUUUUAAUCUCAUUAGAUCUCUAAAAUAGUCAGUGACACUCGCAUCUAAAAAUGGAUCAACUUAGAGAAAUGGCAGAAAUGGCAGAAAAAUAAAAUAAGCUCAACUUUAAUCUGGGUCUGGAACAAUUUUGAGCUUCUUAGAUGUAAGUUAAAAGGGAAAAUGUAAUUUUUUUGUUUCUUUUUUAAACCAGACCUGCUGUUUGCUAUUAUUCUGAUCUCAGUUAGCCUCCUGUAGGUUUUGCUUCAUGUUUAUUUUACAGACACGAUUGGCAUAAAAUCUCCUGGUCUAGUUGUUUCUGAGGAAAUGGACCGAACACAUUUUAAAUCCCCCCGUCCUUCUAGCAGUUUGCAUCAGUGCCACAACACGUUUUUGUACAGCUGGUUCACUGAAACACCAGGUAUCUGAGCUGAAUGUAUAUUUUUUAUGUUUUUUUUCCUCUUUAGCCCUUUUCCUGUAAGGAAUCCUGUCAAGUGAUCAUAUCAUGUCUGUCUCCAGUAUUGAUCUCAUGCUGUUGCGGAGACGUGUCGCGCUUUCCCCCCCAUGCUGGAAGAUAAUUGAAUGUUCUCGUCAAAAACGCGGUUCUGUCGGCUUGUCGAAAGUCGUCGUACCCGGGUUGAAAAUCUGAAAACUUGUCCUUAAAACCCCUUAUGCCUUCAGAUGAGAAAUGAAAAAUUUUAAAUAUGUAUUUGUUUAUAAGAAAAAAAACAUAAUCACUGAGCAUGUUGUUUAUAAGGACUGUUUUUGAUUGAAUUUAAAUCUAUUUUUAUUGUUUUUGUGCAGACUGCUUUGGCCCUCUGACAUCUUGUUUUAACUUUAGCGAUGGACAGUCAUGACUUUCUUUUUUUUUUUUUUUUUAUAAAAUGAUUAAAAAAAAGAACGCCUUCAUCUGCAGCGUUGGGGAUUGUGAAGCUCAGUGCCUUUUAUUACAUAUUCUUAACAAGUCUAUAAUUUUAAUAUAAAAUUUAGUCAUAAGUCACUCCCGGUUCAUGUUUCUUUUGUUUUGUUUU